UCUCGAGUCGAGCAGGAGCAGGCAAGGAGCUUGCCGAUGCAUCGUUGAGCAGGCCGAUGAGUACGAGAAGAAGGAUUGCGAGCAUGUUUGGCGCUGGAGUAUUGGCAACUUCGGCGCGUUGCUGGUUGCUACUUGCUUGACAUGCGCGCUCGCGCUUCCCCCUCCCUACGGGCGUCGCAACAAGAUGCCAAUGUCACUCUCCUGCCUGCUACUGCUCACGCUAUCCAUGCUCAGCAACUGCUUUGCCGCUCGAUCUGGUCCUCUGCGAGCUUACGAGUUCUACACCAAUUUCGUCGAUAUAGACUGUCGGACAACAGAAGAUCCGCUCAUGGGAUGGCUGCAUGUCCUUCCCACUGUCAUCCGGUUUGAUCUGUCCCUUGACGAGGAAGAAAACUUCGUCCUCGAGGCUUACGAGAGCGAAAAGGAGGAAGUUGGGUCAAAGGCAAGCUCGGUGCUGAGCAUUGCUGAGGACCUCAAAUCCCCGCUAGGACAGGAGAGACGACUUAUGAAGUCCUUUUCGACUCGGCUGUUGCUGGCCGGUCAUGUCGCGACAGACCAUCAACCCAACAUGGACCGAUCGAUGGCUUUACGAUCUGCCCGUUCAGCUACGACGUGCCGCCUGCUCAUCCGGAAUGGCAAAGCUGCACGCUAUCAGGCAAGCUAG